GUCGUUCUUGGAGAAAUUUGAGCUGCAGAUUUUUUUUUCACAAAAUACUUUCUUAAAUUUGAUUUAUUGCAUAUUUAACAUUCAUCAAAUGCAUGUUUAGUUGCCAUGCUUUGUUGAAAAUUACGAAUACGGACCAACUGUUUAAUAGUUUGAUGGAUGCGUGACUGGUUAAUGACCACUGAGCAUGGAAGAGGAAGUCGAUGUCACAACAGUGGAGGAGUGGAUCGAAGGGGAACAGCUCACUAACCACACUCAACUUGGUGUCAAGUUAGAGCAGCUCGCUAAUCACACUCAACUCAAAGCUGAAGUUGAUAACCAACAUGAAGUCACACUCAGUCAAGAACAACAGGAAAGCUCACAGCUUGCGAGUCAACAAGACAAUCUCAGCCAUGAACGACUCGAGACAGCUCAGCUAACUGCAGACUCACAAAAUACUGACUCACAGUCCAGAGACUCGCGGAAUGAAUCUAACACACGUACCAGUAUCAUGGAAUCCAUUCAGAAUGCUUGUGCCCAGCUGCUGCGGGCCAACCACGAGUACCUGUUUCUGGUCGGUGUCCGCAGUGACUCCGAGUUCCAGGGACUCCACUUCUCCUCCCCCAGGGGGCACUCUUUCCUGGACAGUCUGACCCCCCGCGACCUCAUGCAGGAGUUUGUGACCCAUUGUCAAGGCAGACAAAGUGACGUUCCAGGGUCAGAGGUCACCACAGAGCUGGAUAAAGACAAGGUUGUUGAUAAAGUCUUUACAGAGGUCAAGGACAAAUCUUCAGAAGUCAAGGUUGAGUCAUCAGAUCAAAGGGAAGAAAAUCACAGAUCACAGAAAAAACAGACCACCGCUAGACGACAGACUAAAAAAGAACCUGAAACUGAAACCAGUCAAAAAAACGCGGAGGAAGAUGUUGGAGGGCAGGAUGAUUUCUGUGAAGACAAUGAUGAUGAUGAUCAUGGUGGUGAUGAUGAUGACUGGAGGCCCAGUGAAGAGGAGGAAGCGAAGGUUAGCAAGGAUGAUGACACAAAGGAGCCACGGGCAAAGAAAAACAAAAUGGCUGACGUGGACUAUGAAAGUGAUGACACAAUAACGAACAGUCCAGUCAGCCUGAGUGCAGUGGUCUCCAACAUCUGUGAUAAGUUACUGGAGAACGACGCAACCAAUCAGAGCACAGAACCCAAAACAACAGCAGUACCCAGCACAGUGAUUGGUGGAAAACCAAGGAAAAGUGGACGAACCAAUCAGAGUGCAGGAAAGAAAACAGCGAAGGGAAGGAAGGGGAGGAAUAAACGGGGUCCGCAGAAGAAAGCGACAGUGACGACGACAAAGGAGAGUCAGAGCGAGGGCGGUCAGAAACCGGCGAGAUGCGGGGGAUGUAAGAUUGAGUUUAUUAAUGCAGCCAAGCUCCGCCUACACCACAAGUUGUUCCCCGAAUGUCUGAAAAAGAAUUUCUCCUGCGACUUGUGUCCUGCCAAGUUUGUCGGGAAGUACAGCUUAUUGAAGCACGAGCGUAGGACUCACACCGUGGACAAAGAGUUGAAGAGGAAGGACCGGCUGGAGCUGGGGAGGCGCCAUGUCUGUGUUCUGUGUAAUGAGGACUUCGAAACCAAGUCUGAGCUUCUGAACCACCAACAGAAGCACUACAAGGAGAGGUUCGUGUGUAGGAGAUGUAAGAAGGUGUUUACGGAGCCCGGCGAGUACGAGGAGCAUCGGAAAACGCACGAACAGGAAGGAGAGACGGAAGACACAGAGACCACGUGUAUUAACUGCGAGCGGGAAAUUGUGGGCAGUGAAUCGAUAGACGCGAGCAUUAUGCUUUGUGAGGAAUGCUGCAGUAACGACUUCACCUGUAAAGAAUGUCAGCAGAAGUAUAAGAUGUUCUACUUCCUGGCAAUGCACGACUGUCGAAAGUCUUACUCAAAGAAUAUGGAGGAAAUUCUGGCUGUUGACUUUGACAAUCUGAAGACUGCCUUGCAGUGUAAGAUUUGUGAUAAAAAGUUCAAGAACAAGAAGAACCUGUGUGCCCAUUAUAAGACCCACAACAGCGAUACCUGUUACCAGUGCAAUAUCUGUUGGCGUUACUACAAGGAUAGCAGCAAACUGAGGAAGCAUAAACGCUACGUCCACUCAGAACAGAGGAAAUUUGAGUGUUCUCAUUGUGGCCUGAAAUUCAAAGAGAAGAAUACUCUGGUUCGACACAGGAGAAUAUGUGACCUGACUCGGGAACAGCUACCGGAAGUUCGGAGAUCCAAAGAGGGACAGGUGAUGAAAGGGGAGAAACGUACCACCCAGGAGGUACUGUGUCAGAAAUGCUGGAAGACGUUCGCGACGGAACGGAUCUACCUGAAGCACGUAUGUGAAGGGAAGGAGAGUGACGAAGAGUCAGAUGAUGGGGAGGUCAAGAUGGAUGAAGAUGUGGAUGAUGAUGACAGUGGCGAAGAGUCCUCCGACUCUACCACACAGCUGUGCAGAAACUGUGGAGAAAAGACCAACAACAAAAAGCCGCUGUGUAAGAGGUGCGGCAGGAACAAGUUUGUGUGCUCCAGGUGUCACCAGGCCUUCACUAUGCUGUAUGUGUUGGCACUUCACUCGUGUGAGAAGGCGUUCAAGGAUAACUUGAAGUUCAUUAAGGAGAUAGACUUCAACAAGCCGGACGUACAGUUAGUUUGUCAGCAAUGCAAUAAAUCCUUCAAAAACAAGAAAAACCUGUGUUCCCAUUACAAAACCCACAUGAACAACGCGAUCAUUCAGUGCGACAUUUGCCAGCAGACGUUCAAACACCAGAACAGCCUCCACAAACACAAACGCUAUGUUCACACAGCGAGCCGCGACUUUAUCUGUGACAUCUGCGGGAAGGCGUUCAAGCAGAGCGACACGCUGAACACGCACCGCCGUCUCCACAUCCAGGGCAAGACGAAGGACUACCAGUGUGAGGUGUGUGGGAAGUACUUGUCAGGGAGCACCGCCCUGUCCGUACACAUGAACAUCCACUCAGGGGCCAUGCCGUUCAUCUGUGAGAUCUGUGGCCGGUCAUUCAGACAGUUUGGGAAUCUCCAGAAACACAAGGUGAUCCACGGGAACAUUCGGGAAUUCUCCUGUCACCUGUGUCCAGAUAAAUCGUUCCGACACAGUGAGACGUACAAGAUCCACAUGAAGGGUCACGUCCUGGACGGGACAGUGACCGAAAACAAGUACGGCAAGAUUUACAGCUGUCAGUACUGUCAGAAACAGAUGCCUUCCGCCUCCCAGUACACAGUACAUCUCAGGACUCAUACAAAUGAGAGACCAUUUGAGUGCAAGAUAUGUUCUAAAGCCUUCAAAGAACACGGCAAACUGAAGAGACACAUGAAUACUCAUUCACAGGAGACCCGACCCAGACACAAACAGGGUCAGUCCCAGGGCAAGACAACCCAAAACUACCAGGAGGCGGGCUACCAGCCAAAACAGGCAGGGUACCAGUCAAAGGAUGCGGGGUACCAGCCAAGCAGCGAGUCCAACACUAUAUUGGAGACCAUUGCGGUGUUUCCACCUGAUGUACAUGGUCCGCUGACUCAGGCGGUCGCGAUUCCAGUGACCGACAACACGAUUAGUUUCGCCUCCCAACAGAUACCUCACUUCACCGAACAAGGGGGUGUUAUCAGUAUAGAGAACAGUGAUAAAUUCUACAGAGAGAGGUACCUACCUCUAGAGUAGUCCCUAGACAAGACUGUUCUAGAGUAGUCCCUAGACUAGACUGUUCUAGAGUAGUCCCUAGACUAGACUGUUCUAGAGUAGUCCCUAGACUAGACUGUUCUAGAGUAGUCCCUAGACAAGACUGUUCUAGAGUAGUCCCUGGACUAGACUGUUCUAGAGUAGUCCCUAGACUAGACUGUUCUAGAGUAGUCCCUAGACUAGACUGUUCUAGAGUAGUCCCUAGACAAGACUGUUCUAGAGUAGUCCCUAGACAAGACUGUUCUAGAGUAGUCCCUAGACUAGACUGUUCUAGAGUAGUCCCUAGACAAGACUGUUCUAGAGUAAUCCCUAGACUAGACUGUUCUAGAGUAGUCCCUAGACUAGACUGUCCCAGAGUAGUCUAUAGACUAGACUGUUCUAGAGUAGUCCCUAGACUAGACUGUUCUAGAGUAGUCCCUAGACUAGACUGUUCUAGAGUAGUCCCUAGACUAGACUGUUCUAGAGUAGUCUAUAGACUAGACUGUUCUAGAGUAGUCCCUAGACUAGACUGUUCUAGAGUAGUCCCUAGACUAGAAUGUUGAAUAUGAUAUUUUUUCAAACUUUUAUAUACCGGUAAUUGUUAUAUCCCUUGAUUGUGUGCUUGUUUUUUUAAAAAUUCUUUUUUUUUAAAUCAAACUCUAGAUCAUUGUUAUCUGCUAGAAGUAUGUAAUUUUGUUUUUCUUUAUAUUCUCUUAUCAAUGAAGAUCAGAUGAUUACGGUUGUAAUUAUUUCAAUUAAUUUAGUGUACUCAUUGUCUGUCUGACAUUAUUAGCUGUUAAUUAACCUUCUAUUUUUUGUUGUUUUCUUUGGAACAGUAAACUUAUUGACAAUACAAUUUUAAAUUGAUUAGCAAAUUAAAGUUAUUGGUGAAGUUAUUCAUAUAUAUUUUUUAAUGUAAAUGAAGUUAUUAUUAGGUAAACAGAUUACCAAAAUAGAUGUUUUGUAAUGAAUAUCUGACAUUUUAUCCUUUGUUAUGAAUUAAGUUUUUUGUAGUGCUCCCUUUUUUUGAUAAAGCAUCAGGGUUGUCUCUAAGACCCGGGAGGCGGGGAAUUCCCCCGCCUAUAAUGCCUUAAUUACCCGGCUAUUAUUGCAUUUCAAACACAAUGUAGCUAUAAGGAAGACCCCCAAACCCCCUGCUACUUUUUCAUUUCCUCCUUCUACUUCAAUUUUUAGAGACAACCCUGAGCAUACAUGUGUAUCAUUUUUCUGUCUAUAUAGUAUUACAUGUUAAUAUUACCAGUAUGACUUGCGUUAACACACAUAUUUUUUGACUCUGUAAAAUAAAGAGUAACUUUGAAUUCUGUAAUACAUGAUGUGUACUCAUUAAAAAAAACUAUAUGAACCAAAA